AUGCCGAGCUUCAUUUUACCACCAACAGCACCGCCGGAAGCGUUUGAAAUUCCCUUGGAUGACGACAAUCCGGAAAGCCUUAUCAAAAAGCACCCCCCGAAACGUCUCAAGCGACUGGAAGAGCAGACGUCCGACCCGCCGAGCAUUGAAGACCUUGAGGAAAAGCUUGCCACCGCCGAAAUCAGACGACAGCAGUUUUUGGCUAGUCGUGUUCAGAAAACUACAACCUUGGAGCACUCCGAGCUGGAGGAAAAUUUCUACGUCCCGUCGGUGAUCGAAGAGGAGGACGAAACCGAGGAAGCGGACGGAAACGGUGCUACCGACCUCACCGAGGUUAGCGUGGAGAAGGAAGAGCAACGAAAUGAGACAUGCAAAAAUGGUUGA